AUGGGCGUCAUCAUCGAGACCCUAUCGCCCGGCGACGGAGUCCAUUUCCCACAAAAAGGCGACAAAGUCACGAUACAUUAUGUCGGCACGUUGCUCGACGGUAAAAAGUUUGAUUCGAGUCGAGACCGAGGCAUGGCGUUCGAGACCGAAAUUGGAACAGGCAAAGUCAUAAAGGGAUGGGAUGAAGGUGUUCAACAGCUUUCGGUCGGGCAAAAGGCCAUCCUCACAUGCACACCUGACUUUGCCUACGGCUCGAGGGGAUUUCCGCCCGGCAUUCCUCCCAACUCAACCCUUAGAUUUGAGGUUGAAUUGUUGAGGAUUAAUUGA